AUGAUCAUAAUUAUUAUUUAUCUGAUUCAUUCGAUUAUAUUUAUCAAAACACAAGAAUUAACUGAACAAUCAAAACUGUUCAAAAUUUGGCCAAAAGAUGAUGAUAAUUGGAAAAACGCGAAAAUCGGAAAAGAAAAGAAACUUAUGUACGAGCAAUUAUUUUUGAAAUCGGAAUAUUUUGCAGAUUGUGAAUAUGAGCUUAAAAUAGAUCCAAUUUACUAUUUUCCCGGUGAAACAAUUGAACUAUCAUGUCGUAUAUGUAAAAUUGGAUUGAUGCUCAAUGGGUAAACUACUUUGUUUUAUUAGAAAAACAAUGAGAAUCCUACAUUUUCAGACUGCCAAAACGAUGGGGAAGAGUUAAUAAUAUUUUCGAGUUUCUCGAAAAAUAUAAACAUAUUCGAACUGGUAAAGGUCCGCAAGUUGAGAUAAUUGAGAAUUAUCCAUUCUUAGAGUUAGUUGAUUAAUAUUUUUGAAACAAAUUAUUCUAAUUAAAUUUUACAUCAAUUUCAGUACUGCAUAUAGUCAAUCAGUUUUGGGAAAAUUCUAUAGACAUAAGUCAAAAUCAGACUAUUUGGAUAUUCCAAUUUAUUCUCAAAGCAAUGGAAAACUCAUAAUUGAACAUGCACAUCCAAAAUCAAUGGGAGUUUAUUUCUGUUUCGAUUCAUUAAGUCAUGCUGCUCAACGAUAUUUUUAUGUUCUCAUUCCACUUACUCCAAUGAUUCAAAAAAUACCACAUGUCAUUGAACCGGAAGAAGUUUGUAGUGUUAAGGCUCGAACUUAUCCUCAUUUUUCAUGGUCAGAUGAUUUCAUCCCAAUGCAUUUUGAUGAACGAGAAACAUGUUAUGAACGAUAUGGAAAAGAGAGUAUGAAAUGUGUUGGAGUGAGUUUUAAAAAAUUGGCUCAAAACAAAAUCCUACUUCGAACAAAUGUUUUUUCAGACAACUCAACUAGCAAAGUUUAAAGGAUGUGAAAAUCCUGGAAUUGAAUGUAGUACUACUUUUAAAUUACGAAAUAUUCCAAUGAAACUAUAUCUAAAAUGGUCGGAUUGGUCAGAUUGUGAUGAAAAUCGAGAACAACGAAGAGAAGGAAUGUGUUAUCUGAAAUUGGAGAGAAAUAUAAAACCAUCGAGAGAAAUAUCAGAUCGUGAUGCCUGGUUGAGAGAUUUUAAUAAAUUGACACAAUUCAGUGGUUUUCAUGAUGGUAUUCCAAUUAACAGCGGUUUAAUUCCUCUAAUGAUUUACAAAGUGAAUGAAUUUGUUGGAUGUAUUGAUGAAGAAAAUGCAAAAGAUGAUGAGAAGAAAUGCGAUUUUGUAAGUUGUUAUUCGAUAUAUUAAAACCUGAUUCGUCUUUUACAGUAUAACGAUAGUAUGGGCGAGAUUCUCAAAGAAGCAAAGAGAAAUUGGACGGAUUUGCCAACUGGAUUCUCCUACUGUUUUUUGUAAGUUUGCACAGUGAUAUCAAAAAAAUGUUGAACAUAUUUCAGUCGACAAUUCACAAAACUGGAACAAACAGAUAAAUAUGAAGAAAAAACAAGCGGAACCUAUGUAAAUGACAUCAGACAAUGUUAA